AUGCUCGUUGAACCCGUGCUGGAGAGUCUCUCAGUGCAGAGGGUGGUGGGGGGAGUGGGUGUAGUGUUGACUGUGAUGGCCCUCGCCUAUAUCUUCUACAACCGCCUCAUCCACCCUCUCCGUCGCAUCCCCGGCCCGUUCCUGGCUAGCAUCACCCCCUGGGUCCAGCUCUACCACGGCCUCCACGGCGACCGCCAUCUCUGGCUCGACGCCCUGCACCGCGAAUACGGCACGCAUGUGCGUGUCGCCCCGAACUUCGUCUCUGUCAACUCUGAUCGCGGCCUGCACGAUAUCUACGGGCAUGGCAAGCGACUCCAGAAAGCUGAUUUCUACAAUGCUUUCCCUGCCAUUAAGGGCGUGUACAACACCCACAACGCGAUUGAUAAGACCAUCCAUGGCCGCAAGCGGAGAGUCCUGAGCCAGGCGUUCUCAGAACAUGCUCUGAAGGGUAUGGAGGAUGUCAUGCUGCUGCAUAUAAGGCAGCUCUGCGCGGCACUGGCUGGCCAGGAUGCUGGUUCUGGUGCGCAACACGCCAAUCCAGACUUCAAGGGCACAGUCCGCAAUAUGGGCGACUGGUUUAGCUACCUCACUUACGAUGUCAUGGGCGAGCUGUGCUUCGGGAAGAGCUUUGAUAUGCUGAUCUCCGAGGGCCGGCGCCAUAUGAUCGGACUGGUGGAUCGCGCUGCCAACAGGCAUUAUGUGUGCGGCUUGUGGAUGCCCCUCGACCGAUGGAACCUCGACCAGAUCUUCAUCCGGCGACUAACUCGCGACCGAUGGAACUUCAUCAUGAAGUCGCGUGUUGAAGCCAACGAACGCGCCAAGGAGCGCGCACAGCAAGGCCGCGAAGCCAAGAAAGACUUCUUCUACUACCUACUGAACGCAAAGGACCCAGAAACCGGCAAGGGCCUCAGCACGCCUGAGCUUUGGGGCGAGGCCAACGUGCUGAUGAUCGCGGGCAGCGACACCACCUCAACCACACUGGUGGCGACGCUGUUCUACCUCGUACGCCAGCCCGCCACACUGGCCAAGCUGUGCGCCGAGGUGCGUGGUGCCUUUGCCACUGUUGAGGAUAUCGUCAGCGGCCCCCAGCUCAGCGAGCUCGGGUACCUCAAGGCGUGUCUGGACGAGGCGCUGCGUUUGGCACCCGCCGUGCCUGGCGCACCGCCGCGUGCGGUGAUGGCCGGUGGCGCAGUCGUCGAUGGCGUAUUCCUGCCCGCCGGCACCGACUGCGGCACUCCCGUCUACUCGAUCCACCGUCAGGACCGCUACUACCGCGAACCUGACACAUACCUCCCCGAGCGCUGGAUCGAGGGCGCCACCUGCGCUGCCGCCGGGUCGUCCUGGCAGACCACCAAAGAGGACAUCGAGACGGCGCGCCGUGCCUUCUGCCCGUUCAGCAUCGGCCCGCGCGGCUGCGUCGGGAAAAGCAUGGCGUUCAUGGAGAUGCGGCUGACGCUGGCCCGCUUGGUAUUUCUGUUUGAUAUGACACUAGCUGACCGCCAGGGCGAGGAUGCGCGCGGCCAUCUCGCGCUGGUGGAUCACUUUACCAGUGCCAAAGAUGGGCCGAAUGUGGUGUUUCGGUGCGCGAUGUAG